GCUUUUAGCACUAAAGACCGGUGUCGAUAUAAAAUUCUGCCAACCGGUCGAGCUAAUGUACAAAACUAGACGAAUAAAUGGAAGUGAAACAAAGAGAUCUGUUAUAUAGGCUUAUGAUAAGUCAGUUGUUCUAUGAUGGGCAUCAACAGUUAGCAGUGAACCUGGCCUCCAUGGUGAAGGCCCAUCCAGCAUGCCCGCCAUCAGAUAGACUUCUCAAGGUGCUCAAACUUGGACUGAAAGCAGAAGAAGAUGAGACAGGGGAAAAGACAUUCAAAAGUGAAUACAUCACCCCUGGGGCAGGAAUAGAUCUGGAGUUUGAAACUGAUGUUCAGACAAUAUCUCCGGAAGCAGCUCUUUAUGAAACAUGCUAUGUGACAGCCCACAAAAGCGCAUGCAGAGUGGGUGUCUUCCAUCCAAGUGGUCAGUUAAUUGCCACAGGAUCAGAUGAUACCUCAAUUAAGAUCUUGGAUGUGGAGAGAAUGUUAGCCAAAAGUGCCACACCCCCUGAAGUGAUUGCGCAAGAGACUCCGCAACAAGCCAUGGAAAAUCAUCCUGUCAUUAGAACAUUAUAUGAUCACAAUGGGGAAAUAACUACACUAGACUUUCAUCCUCAUCACCAGAUUCUGGCAUCUGGCAGCAAAGAUUUUAGUGUCAGAUUCUUCGAAUAUUCAAAACCUUCAGUGAAAAAAGCAUAUAAAAGUAUACAGGAGGCAGCAGAAGUAAGGACGUUAUCAUUUCAUCCUGGUGGAGACUUCAUUCUUGUUGGCACUAAUCAUCCUACAAUUCGGCUUUAUGAUGUGAACACAUUUCAGUGUUUUGUUGGAAGGAAUCCGAAUGAUCAACAUCAAGCUGCAGUCACAUGUGCAAAAUACAGUCCUAAUGCCAACCUGUACACAACAUGUGCUAAGGAUGGUCACAUCAAGAUCUGGGAUGCUGUGUCUGGUCUCUGUAUUAAUACAUUCAAGAAUGCUCAUGAUGGGGAAGAAGUGUGUUCAGUACAGUUUACACGAAAUUCUAAGUAUGUUUUAUCAAGUGGGAAAGACUCGCUUGUGAAGUUAUGGGAAUUGUCAACCAACAGAUGUUUGAUUGUUUAUACUGGAGCAGGGACCAUGGGGAAGCAGGAACACAGAACUAAAGCCUGUUUCAACCAUACAGAGGAUUAUGUUUUGUUUCCUGAUGAGAAAACUACAAGUCUGUGUUGCUGGGAUUCAAGAAACGCUGAGCGGCAAAGACUUCUUUCUCUUGGUCACAAUGGAAUAGUUCGGUGCAUCAAUCACUCGCCUACAGGACCUGCAUUUGUUACAUGCAGUGAUGACAAUCGUGCCCGCUUCUGGUACAGAAAGGCCGACUCAGACUGAGCGAGACAUUGAAGAAGAAUAGACAUGUCAUAGAUGUGUUUAAAUGAUACAAUAAAAUUACACAAUAAAAGAAAGACAUUGAUGAAAUAAAGAUGGCGAAAUGUAGCUGGUUAAGCCAUGAUAAAAAAUUGAAUAAAAUCUUUAAACAUGCAUGUUUAUAAGUUAGUACUUGAUAUACAAACAUGUCUACAGAGUAAUGGCUGGAUAUUAUUAAGGAUUAUGAAUUGUUAAAGUUUUGUCAAUUGUAAGAUUUGUUCAUAUGUUUUUAACAUUUCCUUAAAAUACUGUGUAAAAUAAUGCUUACCUUGGAAACAGUAUUGUAAAAAAUUGAGGCAGUGUAGAAUAUUGAAGAUUUACCGGUCUAACAUUUUAGCUUAAAUUUGUUCAUUGAUGGAAUAUGCACUAUAAAUGAGCCGCACCAUGGGAAGACCAACAUAGUGGCUUUGCAACCAGCAUGGAUCCAGACCAGCCUGCACAUCCGGGCAGUCUGGUCAGGAUCCAUACUGUUCCCUUUCAAAGCAUUUUGCAAUUAGAGAAACCAUCAGCGAACACCAUGAAUCCUGACCAGACUGUGUGGAUGCGCAGGCUGUUCUGGAUCCAUGCUGGUCACAAAGCCACUAUGUUGGUUUUCCCAUGGCGCAGCUCAAAUAUGUUUUCAAAGGGAGUAAAAUUAAUAAGCUUUUAAUAGGUUAUAAGAAAGUAAUCAAUUCUUGAGAGUUAUUAGAUUCCGAAAAUUUCACAUCAUUUAUCUAACAGGGGCCUCCGUGGCUGAGUGGUUAAGGUCGCUGACUUCAAAUCACUUGCCCCUCAUUGAGCGGAUUCGAGCCUCACUCGGGGUGGUGAAUUCUUCAUGUGAGAUAGCCAUCCAGCUGGCUUAUGGAAGGUCGGUGGUUCUACCUGGGUGCCCGCUCGUGAUGAAAUAAUGCUUGGAGGGGCAUCUGGGGUCUUCCUCCACCAUUAAAGCUGGAAAGUCGCCAUAUGACCUAUCAUGUGUCGCUGCGACAUUAAAUCCAACAAAAUUAUCUAACAGGUAUAUUAUAUUAAAUGUUUUUAAAUUGAAAAAAAAAAUCUGUUUACAUUGAAAGGUUUGAACAAUAUUUUUUCUUUAAAUUGUGUUUACCCAAUUAGAUGGCAAGUAUCUUACAUACAUUAUACUUGUUUAUUAUGCCCCCCUUUGAAAAAGGAGGGGUAUAUUGUUUUGCAGAUGUCGGUCGGUCUGUCGGUCGGUCGGUCGGUUGGUCGGAAUGUAGACCUAUCCGUUUCCGGAUGAUAACUCAAGAACGCUUGGGCCUAGGAUCAUGAAAGUUGAUAGGGAGGUUGGUCAUCACCAGUAGAUGACCCCUAUUGAUUUUGAGGUCUGUAUGUCAAAGGUCAAGGUCACAGUGACCCUGAAUAGUAAAACGGUUUCCGGAUGAUAACUCAAGAACACUUGGGCCUAGGAUCAUGAAAGUUGAUAGGGAGGUUGGUCAUGACCAGCAGAUGACCCCUAUUGAUUUUGAGGUCAGUAUGUUAAAGGUCAAGGUCACAGUGACCCUGAACAGUAAAACAGUUUCCGGAUGAUAACUCAAGAACGCUUAAGCCUAGGAUCACGAAAGUUGAUAGGGAGGUUGGUCAUGACCAGCAGGUGACCCCUAUUGAUUUUGAGGUCAGUAUGUCAAAGGUCAAUGUCACAGUGACCAGGAACAGUAAAAUGUUUCCAGGCAAUAACUCAAGAACGCUUGGGCCUAGUUUCAGGAAAAUUGAUAGUUAGGUUGGCCAUGACCAGCAGAUGACCCCUAUUGAUUUUGAGGUCAGUAUGUUAAAGGUCAAGGUCACAGUGACCCUGAACAGUAAAACAGUUUCCGGAUGAUAACUCAAGAACGCUUAGGCCUAGGAUCACGAAAGUUGAUAGGGAGGUUGGUCAUGACCAGCAGGUGACCCCUAUUGAUUUUGAGGUCAUUAGGUCAAAGGUCAAGGUCACAUUGGCCAGGAACAGUUAAAUGGUUUCUGAUCUUCUUGUCCAAAACCAUAGGGCCUAGGGCUUUGAUAUUUGGUAUGUAGCAAAAUCUAGUGGUCCUCUACCAAGAUUGUUCAGAUUAUUUCCCUGGGGUCAAAUAUGGCCCCACCCCUAGGGUCACAUGGUUUAUAUAGCCUUAUAUAGGAAAAAACUUUGAAAAACCUCUUGUCCAAAACCACAGGGCCUAGGGCUUUGAUAUUUUGUAUAUGACAUCAUCUAGUGAUCCUCUACUAAGAUUAUUCAAAUUAUUCCCCAAGGGUCAAAUAUGGCUCCGCCCUGUGGGUCACAUGGUUUACAUAUACUUAUUUACAGUGUGCAUAUAAUUUCUGUUCCUUGUGCAAUUACUAAAUGCAUCAAGGGGGGCAUUUCGUGUUCGACGAGCUCUUGUUUCAAAUAGUUUUCUGCGGAACAGUCAAAUCCAUUUAUAUUUCUGCAGGAAGAAAACAUUUUCAUUGAUUUUUUUUCAGGUAGAAAUAAAGAUGUGAAUAUAAUCAUG